AUCGGCAAGAGACUCCAGUAUCCAGUCCAGCUCAUCAGGCUCUCUCCAAACUCUGCUCAAGACAUCUCCAGCCAUGAAGCUGCUGCUUGCAGGACUUGUUCUGGUUCUCAUCGUGGAAACUCAGGCCCAGUGGUAUCGCUUUCCUGUAGAAGCUGCUCGAGGAGCUGGUGACAUGUGGCGAGCCUAUAGCGACAUGAGGGAGGCCAACUGGAAAAACUCAGACAAAUACUUUCAUGCCAGAGGAAACUACGACGCUGCCCAGAGAGGCCCAGGAGGCAGAUGGGCAUCCAAAGUGAUCAGCGAUGCCAGAGAGUUGAUUCAGGGAAACAGCGGUCGUGGUCAUGAGGACUCUGAAGCCGAUCAGAGGGCUAAUCGCUGGGGACGCAACGGAAACGAUCCCAACCAUUUCAGACCAGAGGGACUUCCUCGCAAAUACUGAGGACA